GAGAUCUAGGAUCUAGGUUAAUGAUGCUCUCACUCCUCCUUCUGCAGUAUCCAAUUCGCUCCGUCGUCAGCUCCUCCCAAAUUCUCCCGCCGCAGGCCCUAGUUUCUCCCAUCUCAACCAUUCUUUUGUCCUCGAAACAUCAAUCGUCAUCCCUUUGAGGCUUCUCGAUGGGAAAGUGGAACAAUCGAUCCAGAUUCAACCGUCGCAGAUCUCCUUCGCGAUGGUAUAGCGAAAGACCUUCUUCUUCUGGAUAUGGUGAAGACGAUGGGAUUCCAGUAUGGGAGAAGAGAUUCUGCGAAGUGAUUGGAUCAGUGCCAUGGCCAAAAGUUGUUGAAGCUACGAACUUCAAGAGCUGGUACACAGGUAACGUAAUCACUUGGGAUGAUUCCGCUUGUCAAGAGACUUUCCACGACGAGAAGAAACGGUUUUGGUCACAUGUUAAUGGAGUUCACUGUGAUAUAUCUCUUCCUGAUCCGGAUCUUUACGUCAGUGAUGUGGAUUGGGACACUACGGUUGACCCUGAACUGAUUAGUGAUUUAGAAGGGGCGUACUUUACGCCUCCUGAUGAUGAGGUUAAGUCUGGUUUGAAACGAGGGCGGAGAGACAGGAGUUGGAGUGGUUGUAGUAACCUUGUCCCUAUUGAAGAGGCUCGGAUGUUGAAGAUUCCGUGGGAGUGUAGUGAGGAAGUUCAUGAUGUUGAUGGUUUGGUGAAGAAAGGGAAUGACUGGAACGUAGCAGAGAGUAGUAGUGAUCAUCCUAAUGAUAGGACAAGGCCGUGGGAAGCUAAGCCUAGUUUUGGUAACGAGAAAGCAAAUGAUACAAUGUCUGGGGAUUGCUUAUGGAAGGAGAUUGAGUGGAAAACUGAAGAUAAGGGUAAUGACAGAUGGGGCCAGGGAAACGAUGGAUGGGAUACGUCAGGACAACAAAACAAGAAGGCAAAAGGUUCUGAAAGUGUGCCAGCCAGAGAGGAUGAAAUGCUCGACAAUCCUUGGGAAGCCAAGCUUAGCUGUAGAAAGGAGACAGCAGAAGAUACGACUUGGGGAGGUUGGUCUGGUAAGGGUUGGGAUGAUAGAGGUGGUGGCAGUGAUGGAUGGGAAAAGCGAGAUUUGGAGAUGAAUGAGUGGCGUCGUACGAAAUGUAGUCAGGAUUAUAGGGAGCCAAGGAGUUAUAAUCCAUGGAAAGCUGGCUUUGGGCCUGGCAAUACAGCUCGGAGAGAAUAUGGGCCUAAUGCAGGCGGUUGGCAAACACGUAGAGUGAGUGAGACGAAUCGAAGAGAAUGGGAUGUGAAACGAUCCAGUGAUGGUUGGGGUAGGCGAAACAGAGAAAGAGAUGAAUCAUAUGGAUACAACAGUAACUACAGAAACUCAAGGCCUAUAAGAGAUGAUUAUCAGAGCAGGAAGGUCAAUUUCUCAUCUAAGUAGGUAAUGUAAUCCAUAGUUCUCGGGGAUGUUUUGAUGUUGUAUUAGUUUAAGUUGUGAGGCAUUAAGAUGCCUAUAGAAAUUCAAAGAUAGGGUUUAUGUUUCUCUUUCAUAGGUCAUAUACCCUUUUUGAUGAUGAUGUUUCAUACUAAACUAUCCAAAGUUUUUGCC